GCUUCCCCAUUCCCUCUGCCUUGCUGAAAACCAUUAGAUACAUUUGGAUACAUUUUCCUGACUCCCUCUUAUUCUAGGGCUACUUCCUGUGAACUAGUCUGCCUCUUGACCCAAGGUUGAUUUUAUUUAAUUAACACAAUGUCAGGGUUCACAGUGUGAUCAAAUAUCCCACAACACUUGCAUGUGUUGGGAGCCAGACCGAUCUCAGGCUUUCUCAGAGGCUGAUGAAAGGACCAACGGAACCUAGUCCUAGUCCCGUGUCUAGAUUGGAUAACAUCCAUCUGUCAUUGGUGGGUUAAAUUUUCCUGUCUGCUCAUGUUUUUUACAGAAACUGAGCUGAUGCUCAGAGCAGGUACAUGGCAAGGGUCUCUCUUCUCAAGGUAAAGUGGAAGGGGCUUUGGCAAUAGAGAGUGGGAUGCAAAGUCAGCAUGCACCCUGUGCUGUUCAGUUCAUUUAUCUAUCAUCUAUCUAUCUAUCUAUCUAUCUAUCUAUCUAUCUAUCUAUCUAUCUUUAUUUAUUUAUUUAUUUAUUUUUGCCUGCUUCCACGUCUGUGUACCAUAUGCACACAGUGCCUGUGGAUACCAAAAGAUGAUAUGGGGUCACCUGGAAUUGAAGUUACACACAGUUGUGAGUCCAAUCUAGACCAACCAUAAACACUGCAGCUCUUGCUGACUCUUCAGAGCAUGUAUGGGACCUUUGGCACAGUAAAGCUGAGACCGGAUUUCCAAUAUGAAAGGACCAGUAUUGGCACAGGACACUCCAAGACCAAGUUCUCAGCACAAAGGAGAUUUAUUUAGCCCAGAGGGGCAGCCACAAGGGGGCUUUUGAUUGCUGGACUAAAUAUCUUGAUAGCUGGAGCUUGGUAAUCAGCUUUAUGGGGAGGAAGUGGCCAAAUGAGGGAACAGACCUUGUGGCCAGCUUUAGGAAUGUAAUCUAAUGGUUUUCAGCAAGGCAGAGGAGAUGGGGGAAGCGCAAAGCCUACUAGAGUUGUGUUGGCCAUGUUUGGGCCUGCCUGAGUCCCCUUGCCUACUCAGGUGUUGAGGAGGGGUUCUUUACAAGGAACAGGGAUAACUCCAAAGCUGCUGCACCAUCAAGGAAAUGCCCAACUAAUGCUGCAACUCGGGAGCCCUCUGCACAGCUCAUAGGCAGCCCAGCAACCCAACAGCCCAAGAAAUUGUCUCAGAAAGGUAGCUUCUCUUCUGCUGUCCCAAACCAAAAAGGCUGCCAGUAUCUCCUCCUGCAGGGGACCAUGGAGUUAGCUAGCUGCCUUGAGAGAGGCAUGUGUCAUAGGUUUUUCAGGUUAGAGUCCGUGGCUCCUAAGGCACGGCAUGGUGCUCAGUUCCUGAGAAACCAAGGCACUCCCCAAGUCAGUGAAGCCUUCAGACCACCUAGGUAUCUCUGCAUUCCCUAGAAGUCAGAGAAGCAUCUAGAAGUGUUGGGGGUUAUUCACUAGAAAAGACCACGUGUACAUGGGUUUCAAUAGAAAGUCUUCAUUAGCCGGUUUUGACUACAAUGGGUGUUCAGGAUCCCGGUGUACCACUGAGCCUUUCUCAGGAUGAUCUUUUAAGCACAAAAACUAAGGAAGGCUAUUGGGGUUCUGCCUCUUGAUAGCCUUCACCCAGAGUUCCAGAAAAGACACUACCGGUGGCUGAUAAAUCUGAGGGGUUAACUAACCAAUCUAUGUGCGCAAAACUCUUUAGUCCAUCCACUUUUUUCUUCUGAGUCAGUUCUCUCUCUACACAGCUUCUACUCUGCUCUCAUGCUGAGCUCCUUUCUUGCUGGAUUUCUCUCUACCUUUAUCUACUAUUCUCGCCAAGUGCUGUCGUGAUUCCUUCAUCUUAGUUCUGCCCCAUCCUGGUCUUUCUCAUCUCGUUCUCACCUGCCUAGUUCUUCCCCAUCAGACUCUUCCUCAUCUACCCUUUGUCUUUCCACUUCUCCAUCCAGUUCUCCAAUCUAGUCCCCAAGUCUCUGAGGUUUACAGUUAUGUACCCAUGCAAUAGCAAUGCUCUGGCUAAGGCAAGGUCACCAGGCUUGAAUUCUUACAGGGUCGUAAAGGCAGAUAAGAGUUUUCCUCAGGCAGUGACUAUCAGGUUUUCUUUUACAACCCAAAAGGGGAGUGGUAAGGGAGAAGGUUAACUAAGAGCUAAAAUCAGUUAAUAUAUCAGAAAAAGGGAAUUUAUGUGCUCAAACUACAUUCUUAAAAGUGGUUAGGUAGAACGUUAGGUGUCUAUAAUGUUAGUAUAAAUACCACUAAGGCUGUGUAAGAAAGGAGGGUCUGAGCUUCAUUUGCACAAGAAACAGCUAUGCCCCUAACAUCGCCUGUCUCCUAAGCCUGUCUCCAUAAGGGUGUUUACCUUAAUUUGAGAGACUCAGUGGUUGGUCUGAAAUGCUUUGUCCUGUCUGCCUUUUGGCUUUGGAUGCUAGUAUGAGAUAAAAUCCACUGUUAGAAGUUCUUGGGGAAGGUAUGAGAGCACACAAGAAAUUCAUAGCAGGAAACAGCUGAUGUAUUAUUAAAAGCCAAAUAACACCAAAUACUCCUUGAGAUUUGGGUUCCUCUGGAAGAAUUCCCCUGAUUCCUCCAUGUACAGCUUUACCAUAUUCUGCUGAAUUCCUACUAUAUUCAUGCGGCUCAUAGCAAAAAACCAUAUCCUGGGUUGAUAAACUUCAGUUAACAAGAACAGUUAGCCAGAAGCAGAACUACAGAAGCCAAAAAGCAAGGUUAGCACAUUUAGAGACUUUCCCAGAACUAUGGACUAUGACGGAUUAGGUCUUUGUUUGCAUUUUGGCAGGUGGUGCUGUCUACAUGCUGAGAUUUACAACCUGAAUGGCACUUCCAUCAUGGAGUCAGUUGUGCUAAGGUCUGGGCCCUGAUACAGAAGUUUGGCAGAACAAUUAGUCUUAGGUAUUAAUCAUGUGUACCUUGUAUGACUUGCAAAUGUCACUGUAUCCUGGCAAUCACAAUUGUAUUCUUCCUGGAAACUGCCAUUAUAAUCUGUUUCUGAUAAGGGGAUAAAGAUUCUGAUUGCUUGCAAUAGACUUGUCUCAACAUCAGUCUUAAUGAGACCCCUCCAACCUCACUUGGUUUUAAUUCCCACUGACCAUAUCAGGAUACCCUGGUUCAGCAAGAAAGUGCUUACAUUCUACUAUAGUUGUGUACUCCUUUAACUUCUGGGGAGGGGCCCUCAAGAGUCUUCCAAGUUUUGGUUCUCUCAGACAGACAUUAGAACAAAUUCUAAUUGGUCUUAAUAAUAAAAACCAGGAGUCAGAUAUAGGGGCAAAUGCUGAAAGAUCAGAGAGACAAAUAGCAAGCCACAGCCACCACCUCUUACCUCGCCAGCUCCUCAGCCUGAAAGAGGGCUGAGCUCCUGUCUCCUCCCACCUUAUACUCCUCCCUCUGCCCAGCCAUAUCACUUCCUGUCUCCACCUCCCUAGUGCUGGGAUUAAAGGUGUGUGCUACCACUGCCUGGCCUCUGGUGGCUAGCUCUGCCCCUUGAUCUUCAGGCAAGCUUUAUUUGUUAAAGCACAAACAAAAUAUCACCACAUUUUCCCUUUUUGUCUAAAAUAAAAAGAACAUAACUAAUGUAAAAAAAACUAUAUACAGUAAGUACAAUAACUAUAUACAAUAUAUAUAGGCAAUAAAUACAUCAACAGUGUCCAGUCCAUUAACAUUUGACAAAUUCAGAGAAAAUACACCAUAUCUAUCCUAUCUUGGUGAGUCCAAAAAGUUGUACCUAACUCACUUUCUAUUCUAACUUAUGCUACCAAAAUUAUCUUUUAAUGUCUCUCAACCUUAUACACAGACAUGUGAGCUUCUAUUUAUCUCAAGAGCCCUGGCUACCUCCAGGAGGAAAUCUUUUUAGUUGGGAGGAAACUGCUAUUCAGUACCAUACAGCCUGCAGGAUCAAUGACCACGGAACCAGCCACUGUUCACAUGGCCACUGCCAGUAAAGCUGGGGAACUCCCUCAGAGGCCUGCCCCAGAGACUGACUUCUGCCUGCCAGGUCUUACUCCCUAAAACUCCCACAACCUUCACAACAGCGCCGCAAACCCAGGGACCAAGUGUUCAAAAUGUGAGCAUGGCAUUUUAAAUUCAAACCGUAUUUGGCUCACAGUUAAAUUCAAAUUCACAUUUGGCUCACAGUUAGUUUUGUUAAUUCAUUUUUUAAAAAGAUUUAUUAUUUAUUAUGUAUACAGUGUUCUGCCUGCAGGCCAGAAGAGGGCACCAGAUCUCAUUAUAGAUGGUUGUGAGCCACCGUGUGGUGGCUGGGAAUUGAACUCAAGACCUCUGGAAGAACAGCCAGUGCUCUUAACCUCUGAGCCAUCUUUCCAGCCUCUCUCUCUGUCUCUCUGUCUCUCUGUCUCUCUGUCUCUCUCUCCUCUCUCUCUCUCUCUCUCUCUCUCUCUCUCUCUCUAUAUAUAUAUAUAUAUAUAUAUAUAUAAAAUUUAUUUAUUUAUUUAUUUGUGUUUUUGUUUGUUUCCUUUUUCUUUCCCAUGAGCUGUGAACUUUUGGAGAGCCAAGAACUUGUUGGCCUGAGUCACUCUGUGGCCUGGGCAUAAAUCUCAGGAUGUUACCAUGGUGUGAUCAGCAGUACUGUCUGUCCUACAGGCUCCUGUUCAGCUUGGGAGUGAGACCCUUACACUGGCCACUGAGUUAAUCAGUUCAAAUGGGAGUGGGGUGGGGUGGGGUGGGGUGGGGGAUAACAAAAAGGCCAUUAACUGUAAUGCAGGCUCCUUGACUCAAAGCAUCAGUCACAAGAGUAUGAAGAAAAAGGUGUGGCUGAAUAAUGCCCCUUACAGUCAUUGAACCAAUCAGAUUUAAGCACUAUGAAGUAGUGGGCACUAGAGAGGCCACACCCAGUGACUCAGAUUGGCAAGGCUAUCUCAGGAACUGAAGAGUAAAGAGAAGACCUGCAGACUUUGGGUUUGUGAUGAGUUAUGGACAAUGAGGGAGCAAAGUGUAUGUGUGUGUGUGUGUGUGUGUGUGUGUGUGUGUGUGUGUGUGUGUGUAUGUGUGUGUGAAGAAGUAGGAUUUAAAAGAAGGAAAGAGACAGGAAGGGGAUUCCAGGAAGCAGGGGGAGGGGAUAUGGGGCCAGCAAGUCUAUUCCCUAGGACCAUGGAGGUGUGGUGGACUCUAGAUGUCGUCCUAUCCCUGGCUUGGGAUGGCAUCAUCAGUGUCUUGUACCUCAUUUGGCUUGGGCCCAGAUGUUUGCAAAGUUAUAGCACUGAGCCCUGCCUCUUGCCUCUCACUGGUGGAUUUUAGGCUAGGGUUCUGACGCUGCUGAGUCAUGCCCCCACCUGUCCCUGCUACUGCGGAGCCAUAUCCCCCGCUCCUCCACAUGUUUUUACCACUGAGCUAAAUCUUCAGCCUCUUUUUACUUUUUCUUUUGAGACAAGGUCAACACAUUCUGUGGUACAGUCUGAACAUCUGGGAUGACAGGCCUAUACCACCGGGCCUGGCUCAGACUCUCCUUUCUAGGGAUCUCGGAUGCCCCUUCUCGACUCCUUUACCCUCUGUGCACAGCUUUUAUUCACCCAGAAUCCCCUCCUUAGGCUGGGAUCCAUGGCUCCUGGGACCAAAAUCAAGAACCUAGAAUCUCAGGCUCCGUCAGGGAAACGGGCCCAACAACCGCCCCCUGUGUCUGUCCCGGUCAUGCUGAUUGCCUUGCCUCCCCCGGCAAAGGAUUAUCUGUGUCUCUCCGUCACCUCCUUCUGCUUCUGCAUCCUGCUGGCGAUCCCAGCCCUGAUAUUCUCCCUUAAGACCCGGGAAGCUAACUACAGCGGGGACUGGAGGCGAGCGCAGAGGAACUCCAGGCUGGCCUUGGGCUUCAGCAUCUCCAGCAUCCUCGUGGGGUGCCUUCUGAUGGCCAGCUCUGUUACAUUAAUAUUUGAGACAGAGAGCAUGACAUCAUCCUGAAAGCCCACCUCUCCCAGGGAGUUCUGUCUAUUCUUGGAGUUUCUGACCUUGGACAUCAGCAACUGCCUGAGCCGAGGAAGCCUCCAGUAUAGCAACAAUGCUAAGAGCAAUAAAGAUUUCGAGGAGGUUUCACCUGCUGUAUGUGUGGGUGUCUGGGCCCCUGUUCCCAUGGCACCGUGGAUCCACUUUUCCAGGUGCUGUGGGGCCCCUUCAGACAGUGUCAUGGGCCAUGGCAUAAUACAGCAGAUGGCAAUUUAUAUUCAGGUGUCAACCCACCAGAUGAAUAAUCCUCUGAUGGAGGAACCUCGUUCAAGCAAGGCUUAUGAGGCCACAGACUGAAUACUGUUUGCUUCUGCUUGUAAUUUCCCAUGUGCAAAAACAGCUGUGGAAUCUCCCCACCACCUAGACUGUAAGGUGUAAUCUCGUGUAAUGUGUACAUGUAAUCUCAUGAUUACAUCUCAAUCUUGUGGGCAUUUAUUCUAUUCUGUGGACUGUCUAAAAGAUGACUCCUCAUAAAGCUGUAUUGUCCAUUUAAUAUCUAUAAUGUUAGCUUACACAGAGUAUAAUGAAUAAAUAUGAAUGCAAAGAAAUACUACACAAUUCAGGAAUUAUAAGUCCCUGAGAAGUGUUUAAAUUCAGAGUUCAGGCUGACGUAAGAAAACAGUUGCAUCUCCCCAGCUCUAAGACAGCUGAUUUAAGGCUUCAAAGUAACUUUAGAUUAAGACCAGAUGCCUUGCUAAUGGAUUUUAAGAUAUACUUUCCCAGAAAUAGCAGUCUAGUUCACAAGGACAUACGGAGCGAGCCUAGGUCAUAAAUACAAAAAAGCCCAAAUAUUGCUAGCUGGCAAAUGAUUUUGUCUUUGCACACAUUCCUGAUUUCAAUUUGUAAAAAUAUAUUCUGACUAGUCAAGGCUACAAAAAAAUAAAUAUCUUGAGUCUGUAGCCCCUAACGAGGGCUGUAGGUGUUCUUAGACAACCAGAAGUUACAUGCAGGAUAAAAAAAUAUAUUUCAAGAUUUUAAAACCUUUCAUUGAGGCUGGAGAGAUGGCUCAGAGGUUAAGAGCACUGGCUGCUCUUCCAGAGGUCCUGAGUUCAAUUCCCAGCAUCCACAUAGUGGCUCACAACCAUCUGUAAUGAGAUCUGGUGCCCUCUUCUGGCGGGCAGGGGUACAUGCAGACAGAACACUGUAUACAUAAUACAUAAAUAAAUAAAUCUUUUUUUUAAAAAAACCCUUUAUUGUCACUGUGCCUUUGGAGAAUGUCAUAAUGAGCUCAUAUCAAGAAAUUUAAGGUAAACCUGAGUUCCAAUCAAAGCAUUUAUGACAUAGCUCUCUUUCUGUAAACAUUUCUAGAAAGCUUGGCAUUUCUGUUAAUCACAAAAUGUUUUGGGGAGAUAGGAAUAUUCAUUCCUGUAGUGGUUAAUAAAUCUUGGCUACCUGGUCCUUAUGACAGCUGAGGUCCCGCUCAGCCAAUGGAGGAGGGUAGAGUGAUUGACAAUUACACUGUUGGAGAACAAGGAAUUCCUAUUUGCAUGGGAAAUGGAAUUCAAUGCCUAAAAAUAACCUCUCAAGUAUGGCUGUCCAUAGUCAAUACUACCCAAGAUUGUUAUAAUAAAUUUUAUAUGCUUUUAUCUGGCUUUAAAGGGCAGGAGAUUAAUGCUACUGGUUCCAUAAAUCUACCGGUCUGUGAGCUGAGGGUGACCAACAAGGAACCUGACUGGGUCCAUCGGCAACAGUGUAGGAGUGGGAACCUCGAGUGCUAAUUAGUGUCUCCAUGGAGACGUCAUUCACUGGAGCCCUUACGGCUCCCCUCACGGGAAAUAUUCUCACUCAGAGUGAAGACGGAAACGGUAUAAUUUGAAUGGAACUACGAAAAUCAAUGCUUCUGUUAAUGGACCUAUUCAGUGGCAUGGAGUUGGAAUGGCAAGGCCUCUCCUGCAAUUUGGUGAUUCAAUUCAGACUAACUUGUGGAAAUUGGCAAGUGCCUUCCACCCUCUUAAGGCGUGAGAAGGAAAAUCAAACAUUAAAGAUGAUAAGUACACUCUGUCUUUUAGACUAACUCAAAGCCACCCUUUUAUGGCAUGUGUCCCAUUACCUUACUUGCUAUUAAAGGGGCCUGUACAAUGGUACCCAAGUAAUUACAGCAUCACUUGUGGAUGGUGUACCCUUCGUAUCUGUGUUAAUUCUAGUAUGUUUUUAAAUUUAACCUUUGAAAGUUUAUAUAUUCUUAGAGCAAGGCCAACAAUCUGGAUACCAGUGAAGUUGUCAAGGCCAUGGCAAGACUCUCCUGCGAUGAUCCUGGUACAGAAGCUCGUUGAAAGAGUACUAAAAAGAACACGUCGUAUGGCUGGACUGGUGGUUGCAGUUAUUAUGGGAAUCAUUGCAUUGACAGAUACGACAGUGACGGCUGGAGUAGUGCUUCAUAAAGAAAUCCAAACCACUGAAUUCAUUAGAGACUGACAUAGGCAUUCAAAAGAACUUUGGACUGAACAAAGUAAAAUUGAUAAUGAGAUAGUAAAUGAGUUAGCUGAACUAAGGCAAGCUGUUGUAUUGUUAGGUGAUCAGUUAGAGAUUUUAAAGGAGCAGUUAAAAUUAAAAUAUGAUCGGAAUGUUUCUUGUUAUUGUAUCACGCCCUUAAGAUUUAAUGAGAGCAAAUAUGAUUGGGAAAAGGUUAGAAUGCAUUUGUUGGGUCACCCUAAUUCUUCUCAAAUGGUUUUUGAUUUACAGAAAGAAAUCAAAAAAACUUUUGCAAAAAAGUUACCUGAUACAACAGGAAUGGAUAUGAUGGAAAAUCUAACAGAUAUUAUAGUCUCAUUCAAUCCUACGAAUCACUUUAAUGGACUUCUUAUUCUAGUAGGUGUUGCCCUUGUAUUAGCUAUAGUGACUUUAGUGGCUUUAAAAUGUUUUAAUAUACUUGCGUAAGAUUAUAAGACAAAUAGAAAGAAGGCUAUAUUUGCUGUAAGGCUGCAUAACCUUCAAGAUAGUAAUUUUUUGUUUUUUAUUUAUUUUUAAUAAAAGGGGCAUCUGUAGUGGCAUUCCUGCUGAGCUCCUGGCCUGGCUCCAGAGAGCAGCACCUAGCCCUGAUCCUUGCUUUGUUUAACCACACCUUUUGUUCCUCUUACCUUUUGUUCCUCUUAUCACCCUAUGUGAAUCUUAUUUGAGAGUCAAGGAUCAGAGAGUCCCCCAAGGAUCAAAGGCCUAUGCAAAACUUGGUCCAGGAAACCCAGAAAACCGAGGUACCUGAGAAAUCAAGUAAUUUGCACCUGGCAUUUGGUCUCUGGGAGCUCCUUUUGGGUUGCCCUGAAGGUAUGGAAAUUAACUAUCUAAACUGUAAAAAAGAGUAAAUAAAUAUGCCCUAGGUGAAGAGAAGAGUGCUUCAGUUCUUCGAGGCUGGACCCCCCUGCAGCCAUGACAGGCUAGAUUCAUUCUUUUUUUUUUUUUUUUUUUGGUUUUUCGAGACAGGGUUUCUCUGUGUAGCUUUGCGCCUUUUCCUGGAACUCGCUUGGUAGUCCAGGCUGGCCUCGAACUCACAGAGAUCCGCCUGGCUCUGCCUCCCGAGUGCUGGGAUUAAAGGCAUGCGCCACCACCGCCCGGCUUAGAUUCAUUCUUAAGAUGCCUCUGUGUCUUAUUUCCAUGGACCGCAUGAACCCACACACUCGUGUAUCGACCACACAGCUACAUUAGUUUAAAAUGUUACUACAGUUAGAAAUAUAGGAUGUAUGCACAAAUUUCUUAUUUCUCUUAGACCCCUCAAGAGUUUCACUAUCUCUCUAAAUAGAUAACAAUAAUUGGAUCUUUCUUUGGAGUUGCAGCUGCAACAUUACAGCCCCAGCAAUUACAGAGCUAAGAUUUAUUACAGGAUUAUUGGCUGUUUCUUAUCGUUUUCUGAAAUGUGACCUUAAAAUAUAACUCCUGUAUUCUGCAUGAAAGAGGCUAUUGAAGUAUAUAGCUGUUGAGACAAAGGAGAG